UUUGCAAAAUCUGCACACGUGUUUACUACCUAUGACCACGCCUCCUUGAAAUUCGAAACUGGCAACAAUAACCAUCCAGGUUUCUGCGUAGGAUGUCGUCUGAGGGAUCCCGUGGCUGGCUGCACAAACGAGGAGGAGCUGACGCAAAAGGGGGAUGGAGGAAGCGUUGGUGCGUCUUCGUCAAUCAAGCAUUCCACUACUUCAAGACGGAUGCGGAUAAAGAACCGACUGGCACCAUCUAUGCAGAAGAUAUCAUUCAAGUAGUCGCAAACAAGGAAGAGUCAGUCAAAGACAACAAAUUUCCAUUUGUCUUUGAUAUUCAAACAGAGGAGAGAAUUUACUUGUUCUGUGCUACAUCAAGCAAAGAAAGAGAUACGUGGAUAAAACUAUUGAGUCGUGCAACAACUGAGGCCCGAGGAAUUACUCUUCAAAGAGGUGUGAUCAAUAUGGAAAAACUCGAGUAUGCAACCAUUGAAGCAUUCUGCGACAAAGGCUUGCGUGUCAAUGGAAAUGUCAGCCAAGAUCUACUCAGCACCUUUAGUCAAGGAGUGACAACAAAACAAAAGAAGGCAGAUGAGAGAGGAUGGUAUUGUGAUGUCCAUGUGCCGGCCGCCACACUUCUCACCCUCAUGGCCCAACACAACUGGUCACUACUCAAUGCAUUCAACACGAAGAGUACGUCACUCCAAGGCACAACGCUCGUGCCUUCCACCAUGUACGUAUUCACUCGACCAACCGACUCCACACAAAUGCCAUCACUCUCCAACAUGUCAGAUGACGCGAUGAGAAGACCAACAGCAGCAACACCUCCGAAGUAA